ACCAAACAACUAGGAACCUUUCGGGCAAAAGUUCGACACAGAUUAAGCCAAUAAAGGACGACAAUGGAAAGUCAAUCACCAAAGAGGUGGAACAGAGAAAGCACUGGGCUGAACACUUCAAAAGACUUCUAAAUCGUCCGCCACCUACAACGCGCCCAACAAUACCAACAACGGAAGCAGAACUACCAGUGAACACUGACCCCCCGACGAAAUCAGAAGUCCUGAAUGCAAUCAAGAUGCUAAAAGCUGGGAAAGCACCAGGACCAGAUGGAAUCCCAGCAGAAGCUUUGAAAAUAGACCCAGAGACAACAGCGGACUUGAUGACGCCACUGCUGGAGAAGGUGUGGAAAGAGGGCAAAGUACCCGAGGAUUGGAAGAACGGAUACUUAUUCAAACUACCAAAGAAAGGAGACUUAAGUCAAUGUAAAAACUGGCGUGGAAUUAUGCUUCUGUCCAUUCCAAGCAAGAUACUAAGUCGCAUCAUCCUGGAGAGAAUCAAACAAGCCCUAGAUGAAAAACUUCGUCCGGAACAGGCCGGAUUCAGGAGAAACAAAUCAUGUAUUGAUCAAAUCGCCACUCUACGGAUCAUCAUUGAACAAAGCUUGGAAUGGCAGUCACCUCUCUAUCUCAACUUCAUCGACUUUGAAAAGGCCUUCGACAGCGUCGAUCGAGAGGUCAUUUGGAAACUACUUCGCUACUACGGGGUCCCAUCGACAAUUAUACAUCUCAUCCAACAGUUAUACGACAAUGCUGCAUGCCAAGUAAUCCACAACGGGAAACUUACGGAAGCCUUCGAAGUGAGGACGGGAGUGAGGCAAGGCUGUCUACUAUCACCAAUGAUCUUCCUGAUUGCAAUUGAUUGGAUAAUGCGACAGACAACGGCAACCAACGAGGGAACAGGCAUAAAAUGGACUGACACAAAAGACUUGGAGGAUCUGGAUUUCGCCGAUGAUAUAUGUCUGAUUUCCCACAAACUGGAAGAUAUGCAAGUGAAAAGCAACAAGUUGGCAGAAGAAGCAUCAAAGAUAGGACUUCAAGUGAACAUAGAUAAAACAGAGGUGAUGAAGAUUCCUAGCCAACAUCAACAACAACAACAGACAACAAUCAGCAUAAAUGGGAAGAACCUGAAAGAAACAACCUCCUUCACCUACCUGGGAAGCAUCGUCUCAACUACAGGCGGAACUGACGAGGAUAUCAAAGCCAGAAUCGGAAAAGCAAGACAAGCUUUCAUUACUCUCAAAUCUGUGUGGAGGUCAACAGCACUCAGCAUCAAAAAUAAGAUCCGGAUUUUCAACUCCAAUGUGAAGUCAGUGCUACUAUACGGAUCAGAGACUUGGCGAGUCAUAAAGAGCAUCUCAAACAAACUUCAGACCUUCAUUAACAGCUGUCUUCGCUCAAUACUCAAGAUCAGAUGGCCAGAAAAGAUCAGCAACAGGGAUCUCUGGGAGCGAACCAACCAGGAACCGAUUGUGAAACAAAUAGGCAGGAAGAAAUGGAGAUGGAUUGGCCAUACGCUGAGGAAACCAUCAAGUGACAUCACUAGACAAGCCCUCGAGUGGAACCCGAAAGGGAGGCGGCGAGUUGGUCGUCCAAGGGUGACUUGGAGGAGGUCAUGCGAGGAGGAGAUGAAAGCAUGUGGACAGACCUGGAGCAGGGUGAAAAAGUUGUCAGAAAACCGAAGGCAAUGGAGGUGCGCAGCUGAAGCCCUAUGUUCCUCUAGGAACUAAAGGAUACAAUAAUAAUAAUA